CCCAAGCAGACUCUGCACUGUCAGUACAGAGCCCAGUGUGGCGCUUGACCUCACGAACUGCAAGAUCAUGACCUGAGCUGAAAUCAAGAGUUGGACACUUAACCAACUGAGCCACCCAGGUGGCUAAAAGACCUACCUUUACGUUUAACAAGGUAGGAGUAAAUUUUCAUGAGAAAAACGCAUAGAAUACCAUAGUUAAUAACUUGAAAAAUUUUAAGCACAAUACUCAUGUUUAACAACACACUAAUAAAACUGAGAUGGAUCAAAGAGUUAAACAUAUAAAAUGAAAGCAGGAAGAAGUUUAUGUAUUUAUCUGAUUUUAGGAAGAAGAAAUAUUUUCUAAGUAUAAAAUUAAUGGAAGAUACCACAGAGGAAAUACAUGAUUAUAUAAAAAUCUAAAAGUUUUGUGCAUUAAAGGAUUAAGACAAGAGUGAAAAAGCAAACUGAGGAAAAAUCUGCCAAAACAGUCUAAGAGUUAUUUCAAAAUUAAGAGUAAACCCCAAAUUAAGCAAUAUAUAAAUGAAAAUAAUGGUUACUAUGUGAAAAAACAAGCUCUUCCCUUGACUAUAAUAACAUUACAAAGGAAGUAAUAAUUUUUGAGCUAUCAAAGUAACAAAGAUUAUUUUUUAAUAAAAAUAAAAGAUAAAAGACUUCUAUUUCCAGAUAAGAUAAUCACUUCCACUCAACCUCUCCUAUAAAUAAAAACCUUGGACUAAAAUAUAUAAAACUACCAGAAGCCUCUAAAAAGCAGAUAAAAGCAGGCAGACUGGCUCAGGGUCUCAGGACUUAGGGGACGUGGUAGCUGCAAGUUCCUUGAGUUUUCUUUUUUGCCUCAUAUAUAUUCUGGACGCUAGAGCAGCCUAAAAACCAGAACUUCCAAUGGCCCAGACAGGAAGAAAAAAAAAAAAAAAGAGAGAAAAUUCUAUUCUGUCUAGCUAUAGGACUGGCAAAUAAGAAAGGGAGGACCAUGGGAUGGAAUCUUUCCAAUUUUUACCUAUCCUAUUCCAGGUGGUUAUCUUCAAACUAGCAGCACUCCUUCCCCUCCUCACAACCAGUGAGGUAGCUCCUGAAAGGCAAACCCUAUUUCAGCCUUCUACUCUAUUCCAGGGAAGUGCCAAUAAAGAGGCAGAGCAACUCCUCCUCCCCACUGUGCAGCAGUAGCAGAUUCCGCAUAACAUAAUCCUACAGCAACACUGUAGGGACUCAGCAGAAUGGAGAUGACAGAAGAAAGAGUCACUGAGCUUGAAGAUAAAAAAAAAAAGUAUUCAAUAUAAACAAGAAAAAAAUGAAAUGAGUUGAAAAUAGUCUUAGAGACCUGUAGGACAAUAUCAAAAGGAACAAUAUUCAUGUCACAGAAGUUUCAGAGGGAGAGGAGAAAGAGACUGGAGCAGAAAAAAUACAUAAUCAUACAUACAUAUAAAAUAGUUGAAAAUUACCCAAAUUUAGUGAAAGGUAUAAAUUCACAGAUCCAAAAAGCACAGCAAAACCCAAACAGAUGAACUUAAAAUUAUAGUCAGACACAUCAUAAUCAAACUACUUAAAAAACUGAAAGAAAAAAACCUGAAAAGCAGACCAAGAAAUACAAGACAUUACAUUAAGGGGAACAAAGACUCAAAUCAUGGCAUUCAGGCCAUUAGUUAGUGGAACAUUUUUAAAAGACCAAUUAUUGGUCCAGAUGGCUUCUAAAAUCCCUUCUGUGGGUUGCAAAUUGAAUAUGGUGUUUGCAUGUAAUUGAAUGGACAACUGUACACACACAUGAAAAGGAGAUACUGAAUAAUUCACUGAAGUGUACUACCUUCUCUGCAUGAGAAGGAUUAGAGAGAAAAAGAAAAGGCCUUACUGUUCCCUAGGGCACUGAUUCUCAAAAUGUAGUCCUUAUACCCCUGGGAAAGUCAAGACUUUCAGGGGAGUAUCACGAGGUCAAAACUUUUCAUAAUAAUCCUUAGAAACUAUUUACCUGUGUUGACCUUGACUCCAAUAGUGCAAAACCAAUAGUGGGUAAAACUGCUGGCGUUUAAGCAUGAAUCAAGGCAGUGGCACCAAAGUGUACUAGAAGACACUAUAUUCUUUACCACUACACACUUCUAGAAAAGAAAGGGAAGAAAAGUUUUACUUUAAAUAUCGUUGAUGAAGCAAUAAAAACUAAUUUUAUUAAAUCCAAACCCUUGACUACCUUUUUUUUAAUAUUCUGUGUAGCAAAAUAUUUAUAUUUAUUUUUAUCUUUACUUUUUAUCUUAUUUAUUUAAAACUUUAUAUUAUUUUUAGUUAUAUUUAUGACUGUAUACCUAAACCAAUUCUACUAUGUACUGUCCCAAAGAAAACAGGGUGAGCAACAUUUCCCCUGCUUAUUCUACCUUCGUCCUGUUCACGUCCUAUACUGACCACGUAAUGAGUCUCCUGCCUCUUCCCUUGCUGUAGAAUAUUUGUGUUCGAAAAGCCUCCAUUUCUGGAUCUGCUAAAAUCGUUCUUCAAAAAUUCGCAAACUUCCCCACCUCCAAAAGUGAAGGUUCACAAACAGACCUGGCAGGGAUGCAGGCCUAAGACUCGCCAGGGAGGUGGAGGGGCCCUCAGAAGACCAGAGGAAUCCAAAUUAAAAUGAUGGUUCACAGGUAACCUAAUUCGGAGGAGAGGGCACAGCCUCCCCAGGCUGCCCCGCCCUCUGACCUAGAAAACCGGAACUCACGAGUCAAGAGUGGCCAAGCCCAGGAAUUAUAGUGGGCGGUGCUUCGCUGCAAGAACAAAACAAAACAAAACAAAACAAAACAAAACAAAACAAAACAAAACAAAACACCUCAAACCUCCUCCCAGGAGCCUCCGCGCGGUGAGAAAAGCAAAUGUUAGCCAAUGAGAGCAGCUGUUCCGUGGCUUUCCCGCCCUAUACCCCAAAGGCUGAAGGAAGGCGGCUCUUUAGAGCCAGCGGGGAGUUAUAAAGGACCUCGGUAGCUGCUGCCAGAGAGCACCUGCCCCGCGUGGGAUAAGAGGAACAAAAAAGCUAAAUAAUAGUCAAAGGAGGAAAUGCGACCAUUAUUCGGUCUAUGCAUCUCAAGCCAGUUUUCCAAGAAGUCUUAACCCUGCAUUCUAUAGCAACAAGGAAUUGUCUUCAAGUCUAAAUACAGAAAUAGGACCAGAAACUCAAUGGAAUUGGCAUUACUGACUUCCCCAGUACAGAAAACUAAACCAUAAUUUGAAGAACUUUCCUAAGAAGAGGAGUCACAAUAUCUGUAUCCCAGAUUGGAGGAAUAGGGAAAGUCCAGAGAGGAUUCCAACAUCAGAUGUUCUUCCUGGGCUAGCUCAUCCUCGGAGUCCACGAGACUGUUUUUUUUACCUGUUGCGGUGAUUUGGUGACAAAAAGGCCAUUUCCGCCUCAUAGAGUGAGAGUGGCCCAUCAGGUCAGACCAUCCUCCCUGGACCAGUUCUUCAAAUACAAUGAGAUUUUCUCUAUUAUUUGCUGCAGUGAUUCAGUGACAAACUUCACCACCAGCCAAGCAACAGAAUGAGGCCGCAGAUGGUGGACCUAAGGAAUGGGAGCACAGUGACAGAGUUUAUCCUCGUGGGCUUCGAGCAGAGCUCCUCUUCCACUCGGGCAUUGCUCUUUGCCCUCUUCCUAGCCCUCUACAGCCUUGCCAUGGCCAUGAAUGGCCUCAUCAUCUUCAUCACCUGGACAGACCCCAGACUCAACAGCCCCAUGUACUUCUUCCUUGGCCAUCUGUCCUUCCUGGAUGUCUGCUUCAUCACCACCACCAUCCCACAGAUGCUAAUCCACCUGGUGGUCAAGAACCACACUGUCUCCUUUGUCUCUUGCUUGACCCAGAUGUACCUGGUCUUCUGUGUGGGUGUAGCCGAGUGCGUCCUCUUGGCUUUUAUGGCCUAUGACCGUUACAUUGCUAUCUGCCACCCACUCAAUUAUGCCCAGAUCAUGAGCCAGCAUGUCUGUGUGAGGCUGGUGAGUACUGCCUGGUUCUUUGGGCUGAUCAAUGGCAUCUUUCUUGAGUAUAUGUCAUUCCGGAAUCCCUUCUGCAGAGACAACCACAUAGAAAACUUCUUCUGUGAGGCCCCCAUAGUGAUUGCCCUCUCUUGUGGAGACCCCCAGUUUAGCCUGAAAAUGAUCUUUGCCGAUGCCAUCGUGGUGCUGCUCAGCCCCAUGGUGCUCAUUGUUAUCUCCUACGCCCGCAUCCUGGCCUCCAUCCUUGGCAGAACCUCUUCCUCAGGUCGGGGGAAGACCUUCUCUACUUGUGCCUCCCAUCUGACUGUGGUCAUCUUUCUCUAUACCUCAGCCAUGUUCUCUUACAUGAAUCCUCGCAGCACACAUGGCCCUGACAAAGACAAGCCUUUCUCCCUUCUCUACACCAUCAUCACCCCCAUGUGCAACCCCAUCAUCUAUAGUUUUCGAAACAAGGAAAUGAAGGGGGCCAUGGUGAGGGCCCUUGGGAGGACCAGCCUGGCCCAGGCAGAAUCUAUCUAGUGGGAAGACUCCUGGAAGAGAGGUCUCCCCCCGCCCACCCAAGUCUUGACAAUUGGGCAACUCUCCAAUGCUGAGAGCCUCCAGGAAAGAGCAUUCAUAGCUUUCAUUCUACUAGCAUCAGUCCUGGAAGAUCCUAUUGAUGUCUAAUGCUCAUCCGUCUGAUUUCACUUCAAGCAUUGUUUUCUCUUAGGCCUUCCUGAGGAUAAUUUAAGACUUUCAUGUUUUUCUUCUAUGUUGUCACAUCUUUUAAAGGCAUAAGUGCACUUAACUCCAUUUAAUUUUUUUCGUACAGUACUUUUACAUACUAUUCCUAGCCUGAGUUUUGCAUACACAUUUAGGAGCAAACUUUUCUCUUUCAACUUAUCAUUGUAGUGUUCUUUUCUUUCUCACAUUCCACUCUCAUAUCCUGAAUCCACCCUCAUCCACCCCACUCCUACAUAAGAAAAAAUAGGGGAAGAAGUUAAGAAAAAGGGAAUUAGGGAGCAGUGUUGACAUUAAGAAAAGUCAGAGAAAAGAAGAAAAAGAAAAACUAAGGAUGAUAAGCCUGAACCCCAUCUUCUUAGCUUCCAUUAGCCCAUAAGGGAGAACUUUUAUGAUGGCUUUAAGUGGCUACCAUAACACUGCAUUCAACUUAUGUUUAUGCUUGUGUGUUGUUGAGGAAAUGCAGGUGAGAUAGACCAAUAUGUCAAAUCCCUUCUAAAUCUUCUAGUUUCCUUAAGUAACAUGACGGUUUGAUAUUUCCCUUAUGAUCCAAGUGGUCAAUGCCUCUUCCAAGCUUCUCAGACUAUUAGUUUCCUUCCCUGGUAUAUACUCCAAAUUAACUCCCCUCUCCCUACUGCCUUCCUUUUUCCCAACCAUCUUUCAUUUCAUUGCACCUUACUUCCCAGCUUAAAUAGACAUAUUUCAUUCCCUGUACUUUAAGUAACACCUCUCCACACUAUCUCUACCACUGCAGAAGCCUUUCCAUUUGCAACCCUAACCCCUCUCACUUCUUCUAGCUUUUCUCCUUAACCAAAUUUAGCGUCCCUUGAAAGAGCAUUAUAUUCUUAACCACUCUUUUUUUUUUCAAUUGCAUCUUUCUCAUGCCCCUUUCUUAAUAAUAGGAAAGGGAACAGGUCCGUUAUUUUCUGGUGCCACUUCCAUAAGAUGAAUGCACCUCAGUUAGGAUUCCCUCAAAUAGAUGUACUACCCUUUCCACAUUAUACAAAUCACACUACCUUCUGCAAUGACUUAAAGCAGUAGCUUCACUCCACAAAAUUCUAAUCUUUUGAGUCCAAAUUGGUGAAUCUCUAGAUAUCAGAGGACAUGUGAGAAGCACUUCUCAGUCAGCAAGGAGGAAGAAAUGAAACACCACUAUAAUUGAGAAGAAACAAUAAACACAGAACAAAAAAUUUUCCAUUAUCGAAGAGAAAUUACACCAGGCAAAGUUAAACAGGAAAGAAAGACUUUAUUUAAGACUACUGCAAUAGGAGGGAAAGCUGGGUGGCUGCUAGUUGAGCGUCUGACUUCAGCUCGGGUCAUGAUCUCAGUUUGUGGGUUCAGGCCCCGCAUCAGGCUCGCUGCUAUGAGCGCAGAGGCCCGCUUUAGUUCCUCUGUCUCCUUCUCUCUCUCCCCUUCCCCCUGCUCUCACUCUCUCUUAAAAAUAAAUAAACAUAAAAAAAUAAUAAAAGACUAUUGCAAUAGGAGAUUGAACUCUACUAAAACAAGUGGCUGGAGAGUUCUUAAGAGCUGCAGUAGGGCUACCUGUGUGUGGUGACUGGUCUUACUCAUAGGAAAAGUAAGUUUACAGGUUGUAGUUUUGCAAUUUGGAGCAAGCUGCCCAUUGAUGUUGGGCUCCUACCCUCCCAUAGAGACUAGGAAAUAGGAAUGCCAUCUUCCUGAGGGUUGCAUUUUAAAGGAAUGGCUCCCACAAACAAUGAGAGACUCUUAACUACAGAGAACAAACUGAGGCUUAAUGGGGCAGGGAAUGGGUGAUGGCAUUGAGGAAGGCACUCGUUGGGAUGAGCACUGGGUGUAGCGUGUAAGUGAUGAAGCACGGGAAUCUACUCCAGAAGCCAUGAACACACUGUAUACACUGUAUAUUAGCUAGCUUGACAAUAAAUUAUAUUAAUAAUAAAAAUAAAAGGGGCACCUGGGUGGCGCAGUCGGUUAAGCGUCCGACUUCAGCCAGGUCACGA